CGUCAACUCUAACUGUGUGACGGAGGUGACGAAUCUCUCAUCCCGACGACUACCCGCCACCACUUCUUUCUCAUAUUCCCCAAAUCCGAUUCAGAUUCUCCAUUUUUUUCUUCUCUUCUCUCCAUCAAAAUUUCACCUUCAACUCUGUCACAGUCUCUCUCCGCUCUUUCGCUUUACCGCUUUCAAUUCCAACAGAAUUCACCCUGGAAACAUCGCCCUUCCUGCUGAAUCGCCAUCCCCAUCAUCGCGAUAUGGUUUCCCCUGAAACCUCCAAUUGGCUCUUUGAUUAUGCGUUAAUGGAUGAUAUUCCUGUCUCCGAUGCCAAUUUCUCUGCACCCACUACCGGUUUCUCCUGGUCUAUCACUCCCCUCAACGGUUCCUCCAAUGUCAGCACGGAAAUUGAAGGAUCAUUGCUAGAAUCAGAUGGCAUGAAGGAGCCUGGUUCAAAGAAGAGGGUCAGAACUGAAUCAAGUUGUGCAUCUAGCUCGAAAGCCUGUAGGGAGAAGCUGCGGAGGGACAGACUAAAUGACAAGUUUCUGGAAUUGGGCACUAUUCUGGAGCCAGGAAGACCACCUAAGACCGACAAGGCUGCCAUUUUGAUCGAUGCUGUUCGGAUGGUCACUCAGUUACGUGGUGAAGCCCAGAUGUUGAAGGACUCAAAUACAAGUCUAUCAGAGAAGAUUAAAGAGUUGAAAGCUGAAAAGAAUGAGCUUCGUGAUGAGAAGCAGAGGUUAAAAAUGGAGAAAGAGAAGUUGGAGCAACAACUAAAAGCCAUGAAUUCACAGCCUGGCUUCUUGCCUCCAGCAAUCCCUGCGACUUUUGCUGCUCAAGGCCAAGCACCUGGAAACAAGUUGGUUCCUUUCAUCGGCUACCCCGGAGUUGCCAUGUGGCAGUUCAUGCCACCUGCAGCAGUCGACACCUCGCAAGAUCACGUACUCCGACCUCCUGUUGCUUAAUUAGGCAGCCAGGCAACAGCGUGGACGGGGGUGGUUUGGGAUUGCAUAUUUUGACCCAAACAUUUGUGUACUAAUUAUACCAUUGUUCUUGACACUUAUUUCAGAACCUUGUUUAACUGGAUGAUUUGGUGGAUAUAUCUUGACUGUAUUUGCAACUUUUAGACUUUUUAUGAAAUCAGUGCUGGUUUUUACAUGUAAAAAUGUGAAUAAGUUAAUCCAGCAUGUGAAUGUUCAUAUGACUAGGCAUAACAAUAUGAUGUUUGCCUCCAAUACUGCUAGAGAGACUGAAUUUUCUUGACUGGCUAGUGAACUGUACAUAUCAAUUGCAGCCAGUCAAUGGGAAUAUUUUUUUCCCUUUUUUAAUCAUAUCUGAAAAAUCAUCUGCUGCC